CGCUGCAACUUUGAUGACAUCGCACACUGCUCCACGUACAAGAAAAUUAUUAUAAUUUCUUCACUUUAUUAUCAUUCAGUCAAUAUUCAGGCAAUCUUAGAUCUUAAUGGAGAUUUAAACAACUCUCACCGCUUCGGUCCUUUGUACACGACUGAAUUCCAGAAGGAACAUCCCGCUUGAGCGUGUCCUGCAUAUUGUCUCUCCCAGAUGUGCUAAUCUGAAUCAUCGAUGGAUUCGUAAUCGGAUUAUUAUUGUUGUCCGCGUGGCGCAUCGCCAGUACACCUGCUAGUCCUGCAACUGCACGUAGUAUCCCGUGUUCUCCCAUAUUCCCCCGUUUGAAAUCUUCAAGAUCCGACGCAUAUUUGAGUAUCAGCAGGUGGCAUUUGCUGUUGGUAUUCUGGCGCGAUACAAAGGACUCUGACACACAAAUCUGGGUCGUUGUUGCUGUCAGUGUUGUGAAAGCCAUGGCACAUCGGCGGAUGUUGCUUGGCGUGGACGAUAUUGGCCGGAUUCUCUUAAUGCUUCUGCUGUCCUCGAAUCUGGCUCAGGGGUUUGUGAUGCCCGGUGUGGCGCCUGUGGAGUACCGUGAUGGAGAUAAAGUAGAAGUUCGGGCUGUGAAGAUGACCAGCGAAAUCACACAACUGCCUUACGAAUAUUAUUACCUACCAAUUUGCAGACCAGCCGAGAUUGUCUACAGCACUGAAAAUUUUGGUGAAACACUGCGCGGAGAUCGUGUGGUCAACACAAUGUAUGAUGUUAAAAUGGGCCACGCUGAACCGUGCAGAGUGCUUUGCCAGGACGAGAAAAGUGACAAGGAUAAACCGAUUAGCCUUACAUUAACGGCUGAGGACGGAAAAAACAUGGCGGAACGGAUUCGUGAGGAUUAUUUUGUGCACUUAUUGGUGGACAAUCUCCCGUGCGCUACGAAAUUCCUUAUGGUGGACAAUGCUGAACCGCAGUACGAAGCCGGGUACCGGUUGGGUGAAGUUGGUAAAGACGGAAAAGUGUACCUGAACAAUCACCUACGGCUCCUGUUGAAAUACCACGAAGUGGACGAUAAUCAUGCCGAACGUCGCGUUGUCAGUUGUGAAGUGGAAGCGCAUAGUUAUGCGUUAGGCGACUAUUCAUUCGUGGACACUAAAGCUGGCAAAUGCAGCAGUCUACCAGAAAAUAAGGAUCGGCUACUCAUUAACGAAAAUGGCGAGACCAAAGUGAUUUUCUCCUAUGCCGUGGAGUGGCAAACGAGUGAUGUGAAAUGGGCUUCCCGAUGGGACAUGUAUUUGAAGCAUCGCGACGUGCAGAUCCAUUGGUUCAGCAUCGUCAAUUCAUUAGUGGUUGUGUUGUUCCUGGCGGGCAUCCUUUCCAUGAUUAUCGUCCGGACGCUGCGGCGGGAUAUUGCCAAUUACAAUCGCGAUGACACUGAAUCUGACGAAGCAAUGGAGGAAACCGGAUGGAAAUUGGUGCACGGUGAUGUUUUCCGUUCACCUCCGUAUUCCAAGUACUUUGUUACUUUCAUUGCCACCGGUGUCCAGCUCCUGUGCAUGACAUUUGUCACAAUCUUUUUGGCCAUGUUGGGCAUGUUGUCUCCGGCGUCACGUGGCGCUCUAAUGCAAGCGGCCAUCCUGCUGUACGUUUUCUCGGGGCUAGUUGGUGGUUACUACGGUGGACGGUUGUAUAAGACGCUGAAAGGAAUCGAAUGGAAACGCGCUGCGUUCAUUACGGCUACACUGUAUCCUGGGAUUGUCUUUGGGACGUGCUUUUUCCUUAAUUUCUUUAUUUGGGGCAAACACAGCAGUGGAGCGGUUCCCUUUACGACCAUGCUUCAGCUGUUGAGUUUAUGGUUCUUGGUGUCGUUGCCGUUGGUGUUUUUGGGAUACUAUUUCGGAUACAGGAAGCAGCCAUAUGAAAAUCCGGUGCGAACCAACCAAAUUCCCCGUCAGAUGCCUGACCAAGUGUGGUAUCUACACCCUUUUGUCUCUACUCUGAUGGCUGGAAUUUUACCAUUUGGUGCGUUGUUUGUGGAGUUAUUCUUCCUGAUGAACGCGAUCUGGCUGAAGCAGUUCUAUUAUCUCUUCGGAUUCCUGUUCCUGGUGUUCCUCAUUUUGAUAAUUUCGGUUUCCAUCAUCAGCGUCGUUAUGGUGUACUUCCAGUUAUGCGGCGAGAAUUACCAUUGGUGGUGGCGAAGUCUCCUGGUCAGCGGCGGUGUGGCGUUGUAUGUUUUGUUCUAUUCGAUAUUCUACUUUGUCACCAAACUGGAGAUCAGUGGUUUCAUUCCGACGCUGCUGUAUUUUGGCUACACAGCGUUGAUGGUGAUGACAGUAUGGAUUCUCACCGGCACAAUCGGCUUCUAUGCCGCCUACUUUUUCAUACGAAAGAUUUAUGCAGCUGUUAAGAUUGAUUAAGGGACGAAGUGCUUUUUUCUGACCGGCCAGAUUUAUUAUCAACGCUGAAAAUUCUGCUUUGCUUUUUUAAAUCGCUGGUGCAUGUUUUCCCGAACGCCAGAUAUUUUUAACUCACGAAAUUUGUGCAUUAAACUUAAACAAAAAUCCCAU